CUGAUCCUGAAAGAGUGAAGAAGGAAUUGCUGGCCCACGAUGUGGUCUGUGAAGACCUGGGAGGUGAUGUUCAAGCUGUAAAUAUUUCUGCACUCAAGGGUGAGAACCUGAUGGUUUUAGCAGAAGCAACUGUUGCUUUAGCAGAGAUGUUGGAACUGAAGGCUGAUGCCACGGGCCUGGUGGAGGGGGCUGUGAUUGAGGCUCGCAAGGACAGAGGGAAGGGCCCAGUUACCACGGCCAUCAUCCAGAGGGGAACCCUGAGGAGAGGCUGUGUCCUGGUGGCAGGGAAGACCUGGGCCAAAGUGCGCUUCAUGUUUGAUGAGAAUGGCAAAGCUGUGGAUGCAGCCUCACCAGGCAUCCCCGUGGAGAUCAUGGGCUGGAAGGAUUAGAUGAAAUCCUUGAAGUAGAAUCUGA